CCGCCGCCAUGUUCGAGGGGGUGGUGAGCCAGGUGCUCGCCGGCCUGCUCGGCCGCUACGUCAAGGGCAUCCAGAAGGAGCAGCUGAAGAUCGGCAUCUGGAACGAGGAAAUCCUACUGGAAAACGUGGAGCUCAUUCUGGAAGCCUUCGACUACCUGCAGCUGCCGUUCGCGCUUAAGACCGGACGAAUUGGGAAGCUAAGCAUAAAGAUUCCGUGGAAGAAACUCGGGUGGGACCCUAUCAUUAUCGUCAUCGAAGAUGUGUUCGUGUGUGCGUGUCCACGGGAGGAUUCCGAGUGGGGAUCCGAGUCUCUUGAUAAGAGGGAACUGGCUGGGAAAUUGGCCAAACUUAAUGCAAUAGAGCUUGCUAAAUUUUCCAGGAGAGUCACAGAUAACCAAACGGGACAAUCACUUCUAUCUUACAUGUCAGCAAAGAUACUGGACAACAUCCAAGUUUCCAUACGAAAUGUUCACAUCAUAUAUGCUGAAUCCCACAAAGAUCAGGUAUUCAUGUUUAUGUCGUACGUUCUUUUUCUGUGGAUUGAGUGAUGUGUACAAUCUCUAUUUUAGUCACAUGGAAUUAUGCUUUUGUUGCCAGAUGGAAAAAGUUAGGAAGUAUUUGAAGCUACUAAUUACUGGGAAAAAAAUCAAUUGCAAACCCAUUUUUGGGUGGUAUGCUAUCAUGGGGACGGUUGGGUUUAACUUGUAUUGAUCAGAUUUAGAGGGACUUAGGUGGAUUAUUUGUUGCGUUAUUUCUAAAUCUAUGAAGAGGCCAUUUCCAAAAUACUCAUCCAUGUGGCUCCUACAUCGUGACCAU